AUGGCCUGCUGCUCCACUAGCUUCUGUGGAUUUCCCACCUGCUCCACCAGUGGCAACUGUGGCUCCAGCUGCUGUCAGCCCAGCUGCUGCCAGACCAGCUGCUGUCAGCCAACCUGCUCCCAGACCAGCUGCCAGCCAACCUGCUGCCAGACCAGCUGCUGCCAGCCCAGCUGUUGCCAGACCAGCUGCUGCGGGACCGGCUGUGGCCAGGGCAGUGGCUCUGGAGCCGGAGCCAUGAGCUGCCGCGUCCGGUGGUGCCGCCCUGACUGCCGCGUGGAGGACACCUGCCUGCCCCCCUGCUGUGUGGUGAGCUGCACUCCCCCCACCUGCUGCCAGCUGCACCAUGCCCAGGCCUCCUGCUGCCGCCCGUCCUACUGUGGACAGUCCUGCUGCCGCCCUGCCUGCUGCUGCUACUGCUGCCAGCCCAGCUGCUGCCAGCCCACCUGCUGCCAGUCCACCUGUUGA